AUGGAGACUUCCGCCCUUGCUUCAGUCAUUCAUUUGCACGAGUGGGUCGAUCGUCUGUGUGCCACUGAACCAGAGGAGUACCUGAACAGCUGGGGUCAGUACUGUAAGAGAAUGGGCAACGAAUCUCCGCUUUGUGACAUGCUAUUGUCCAAAGGGGUGUUGCCCGUUAGAAAUGCAAGGCCAUGGUCAGAUGCUUUUGAGUCCGAAAUUACACCACAAUCCCAAAGCUGCUCCAGGCGCCGACUACAUGCUGCGGUAAAUAUCCUCGAUCAGCCGUUGACUGAUACUGGAGAAGGCCUGGGCAUAUCCUGUGCCACGAUCGACCAACAACCAGAUGCCAUUUUGGACUCCAAUGAUCAGAAUAGAAAACCCCCGAGGCCUGCUAUUUUUGAGCCGCUGCUACGCAAGAAACGCUCCUUUGCACUGAAGACACGACACGGCCAAGCGCCCAACGUGACCCCGGAGCGACAUACCUCUGGUGAUUUCCCUGCAGCCAUUACCUGUCAAUACGUCUCAACGCUCGAGUAUUUCAGAGGCGUCCUGUUGUCAUGCUCAACAAAACUGGCCACGUUCUCGUCGGAAAUCCUGAACAAUACGAAGCCUACGGCCGGGUAG